CUGCAGUCAAAUUGCAGUGUUGUAAGCGAUCGGCGGGGAUGCCUGCCUGUUGAUGGAGGACAGCCAGCAUUUAGCUGCACAAGAUGAGACCUCACCCAUUAUGUAGAUUGAACUCCAGCACAGGAGUGGACUCAGAUGAGCAACAAAUGGUAUCUGAAACAACCCACCACUUGGGCACUCAGCGCAAGGCUGGUCGCAAUGGACCACUCUUCUCAGAUGCAGAGCAGCAGCACAUGGUGGCAUGGCUACAGCAGUGUGCAACGCAGGGCAUGGUCAUCACACGGGAAAACUUCUUGGAAGAUCUCCUUCGCAUUGCUCAGAUGGAGCAACGUGGCAACAGAAGCCACCGGGAAGUGGAGCCGUUCGUGGACGCCUUCCAGUCUCGUUUCACGCGCGAGCUGCGGAUCGGCUCGAACAGCUCUGUGCUGCCGUCGACCGGCGCGCGGCGCGUGCUGGCGCCGGCCGCUUGGUACCUCUCCGUCAGCGGCGCGCUGCAGCGGCUCUACCCUGGCGUGUCCUUUGCCGACCCGCGGCGCGUGCUCUUCCUGGGCGAGCUGAACGUCUGGCUGGACGUGGCGAGCGCGUCGGUGCGCGGCCUGCGCUCCCCGGCCGCUGCCGCCGCCACGUCCGCCGCCGACAACGCGGCGUACCUGCUGACCGUGUCGGCAACUGGCGAGCGCGGCCCGGCCAUGCUGGUCACGCCCAGCAGCGGCCUGGUACGCGACGACAUGGACCCCGCCGAGUCCUGCUUCCGGCAGACCACGCGCAACGGCAACAUCACGCCUGCCGCGCUUCUUAGGUACGUGGCCAAGGUGCUGGACUCUCACCUGAUGACGCGCCAGGUGGCGCGGCCCGUGCUCCUCUACGUGGAUGGCCUGCACCAUCACGCCAGCGUGACGCUCUCCGAGUUCUGCCAGGACCGCGGCAUCGUGGUGGUAGGCCUGCCGCCGGCCGGCCAGGAUGAUGUUGGCAAGUGGCGAUACUCCCUCUCCCCGAAGUUGACGUACGUCAUGGACCAGUCGGGGGUGCGGCGUGUCAUGAAGAGCGACCCCGGCGUGUACUGCGUGCGAAGUCAGGUGGACGGAAUCCAGGUGUGGCUGCCGAUGACGCCCCAGCCUUCCGACGAGUCCACCGUCGUGGAACUGCAGCGCAAUUACAGCACGCUGGCACGCGACUCGUCUUACAAGCGGAAAGUGACGUGGAUAAAUGCGUGCUACCCGGGGCCGGCCCUGACCCCCGCAGUCGCCUGGUAUGAGUAUAUGGGCCGCUGGCCGGACGCCAGCGGGCGGGGCAAUGCCCCGACAACGGAGCAGCCCAGAGCUGGUGGGCGGCGCGUCCCGACCGAGACCGCCCCCGCGGGGGACGACCCGGACGAGGCACCGCUCGAGGCGAUGGAGGUCAGCUCCGAGUCGGCAUUGUCCGACGCGGCGGAGGGUGGAGACAUUGCCAGUGGAAAUGGGUUCAGAUCUGUCUGA